AUGACGGAGUUGCACCAGGCUGCAGCUGCGGGAGAUCUGGAGAAGGUGCAGGAGAUUCUGAGGCAGAAAGGAUGCGAUCCGAACCAGAGGGACGAGGACUGGAGCUGCAAGACCCCCCUGCACUGGGCAGCAGCUGAAGGUCACGUGGAGGUGGUGAGGCUCCUGGUGGAUAACGGGGCCCGGCCCUGCCUGACGACAGAGCACGGAUGGACCCCCGCCCACAGCGCCGCGGAAGCCGGACGCCUCCCCGUCCUGAGGAUGCUGCACGGCCUGCACGCCCCCCUUGACCUCCAGGACUUCUGCGGGGACACGCCUGCGCGCAUCGCCCAGAUAUACGGACACCACGACUGCCUUAGAUUCCUCAGGAAAGCGGAGGUCGAGUGCCAGGCUUACCGCAGGACGGCGGCUCAGAAAGGAAUCUCAUUGGACGAGACUGACGAGGAGUGGACCAAACACAGGGAGGAGAACGAGGAGAAGAGGAGUCUGACGUAGGCUCAUUAUGAAAGUAAUUAAAGUCAUCAUCCAAAUGUGCAAACAAACGGGAGUCACUUCACCAUACACAGUUCUAUUGCUUCACCGACAGGACAUUUAAUGACAUUUCUUUGGGUGAAAAUCAAUUAAUUUCGAGCUUCUUGACCUGAAUAAAAUCUCAGCUGACUACUCAUUUGAUUAAAAAGCACAAUUGAGUUUCUACACAUAUUAAAUGUUGUGUUUAUCCUAAAAAUAAGUCGUUCAGUGUGAAAAAAGCAGGAAAAGUAAAGACAUCUUAAGAGACCAAAACCAAAAAGAGCAAGACAAAUCAUUUAGAGAGGGUGCUAAUAUCACAAAUAAUAACAGAUUAAACGAAAUAAUAGAAACGGUAAUGAUGAAUGACGAGCUUAUACAUCUCACUUCCUGUAUUUUUAAAACAGGCUCUAUUUUUCAAGUGUUUUUGUGUAAUUUACAGAAUUUACCAAACAAUAUGUCUCAAUAAAAUGUAGUUUUGAUCAAAUUAACGUCAAUGAGUUCAAUCUGGAGAUAACAAACAGUGUGAAUAUAUCAGGAUAAAUCCUAGCACUAUUACAGGUACAAACAUGAAGCCUGGUCCGAUCAUCUUGAGAGACACUGAGGAACGUUUUCAAUUCUUCCAAGUGGUUUCUAACUUUGUGGAGCUGUCGGAGAUCGGUGCUGAAGCCUGGAGAGACGGAGGAGGAAUAAGGAUCAUUCAUGGAUCAUCUUCGCUGUAUUUCAUUCAUAAUCCCAGUUUUACACUUACAGUUUUCCUCAGCCGUUUCCGGAGUGCUUCUCUUGUCUGUCAGUGAGAUUAAAACCGUUAUUGUAGAACACCUUGUUGGUGGUUUUAUAUAUUCUAUUAAACAUUGAUCUUUUUACGAUAAUAAUGUUGAGAUGUUUUAAAAAGUAGAACCUUACCGAUUUAUCCAUCACGCAUGUUGUUAGCAGAAUGAACAAACCCUGCAAAAUAAAAGAGCAAGAGUUAGAAAAUUACUCUAACCUAAAAUUACAGUCAGUCAGUCAGACAGACAGUCAGACAGACAGUCAGUCAGUCAGUCAGACAGUCAGACAGUCAGUCAGACAGUCAGUCAGUCAGUCAGACAGUCAGACAGUCAGUCAGUCAGUCAGUCAGUCAGACAGACAGUCAGUCA